UAAAAAAACCCGCCCCGCCCCCUCUUUCUCUCUCUUAAUCGUCUUCUAUCUCCCCUCAACCCUAACCUCUACACUCUCUCACUUCUCAUCCUCAAAAUUUCUAGAUCUACAUCCAAGUUUGAAGAUUCUGCCUCAAUUUCAAGAAAUACGACAAAAUGUAAAUGAAACUCAAAGACUUUGAGAGAAAUGUGAAAGAUAGCCAUGAAGAUUCUUUUAUAAGAGAAAAGAGGAUCAUCGGGCAAUCAGCCCCACUGUUUACUCUGCAGAAAUUCAAACCAGCUGAAAAGAUAAGACAAUUGCAGACAUCGUCUUCAAGGAAGUUUCAUUCUUAUGCUUUGCCUAAACCAGGUGAUACAACUAGGAUUUCUGCUAGAUCUGAGAAUCGUGUUUUAAGCACCAAGCCAAAUCCUCUGCUUGCUGGAAAUUUAUAUCAUUCACCCUCUCUGGUGCCGAACACGUAUGAAAAUCUUGUACGAACUGAAAUGCAUAACUUCCAUGCAUAAAGCUGAGGUUGCUAGAGAGGAGACAGAGUUGGGAUUCUAUAUUGAUUUGACGCCCUGUUGUUAUCCAUUGAUUGUAUUCUUUGUUAGAUAAUUUUUUGCAAAGUAUUAGGUUUUAUAUUUGAGGGAGUUUUGAUGUAAUCAUACCCAUGUAAAUGAUAUUUUUUUAUUCAUAUUUUUUGAAAUAUAAUAAGUUAACGUGAAAA